UGUCCACGUAUAGUUGUUUUGUUGUAUAUAAAGUGACCUACAUUGGUGUGCAUCCGUGAGGUAUGACCGGGGUAGCGGAUUGUUACGGAGAUAAUAGUCUCAACCAGGUCCUCUUACUGGUCACUUCUCAUGCAGAACGCGUCGCCAAAGGAAUACGACACGGGUGUGCUGCGUAGUCUACUACACGUCAUCAACUCCAGUAACCAAAUGUCUGCUUUAUUAGAAAGGACUGGGGAUUAGUGUGCUUUCUCUCGCAUUUGAUGUCGUCGGACUGGCUUGGGUUUUACUGGUGGAUAGUACAGUGUUUGUUUGUUCUCUUUCCAGCGGACAGAGGAGGAGAAAACAACGUGCUCUGAAUGCUGAGCACACUAAAACUAACAUUCUAUCUGUUCUGACCGCAGAGGCAGACAACGGACUAUUUCAGAGAUAGUUACUUAUUUUCGGUGGGUAAAACACCUUUAGGUUACCACAGAGAAAUUGUUUUCUUUUAUUGCUUUAUUUUGUUUUUUUUUUCCGCGUGUUUUCUCUCUUGAGCUCUUUUGCCGUAGUUGGGGAGGGCUAUAGUGGGCUACUGCUGAGAAAGGAAAAUAAAUUCAAACUGUCAGUACCAAAGCUUGGGUCUCCGUCUUUUGAAAUGCAGUAGUGCUUCGUCCAGAGUUAUUAUGGCUUCGCUCUAUCAGAGAUUUACGGGGAAGAUCAACACUAACAAAUCUUUUCCGCACCCACCUGAGGCCAGCCACCUUUUGGGCGGACAAGUCGUCGACGAAGAAAAAGCUGGGAAGAACCCUGAAACCGCAACAGACGAUCGUCUCCGUGUCCAGUACCGAAAGAGAAAUGUCUGCGAAGACGAGGACGAGCUGGUGGGGAGCAAUGCGCCUCAGAGGAACUGGAAGGGGAUCGCCAUCGCCUUGCUGGUCAUCCUCUUCAUCUGUUCGCUCAUCGUCACCUCGGUCAUCCUGCUGACCCCGAAUGUGGAUGACAGCCUGGCGCUGAAGAAGAAGAUAACCGUGGACCACGUCUUCAGCAAAGACCUUGAAAUCCACGAUUCCGAGGCCACGUGGCUUACCGACAAUGAGGUGCUGUACCGCACGCGAUCUGGGGACCUGGUCAAACUCAACGUGGAGACCAACAGGACAGAUGUGUUGGUGGAGAGCAGCAUGUUUAAGAGACAUUCAGCAAGCCAGUACCAGGUGUCCCCUGACCUGACAUAUGUGUUGUUGGCCUUAAACAUUGAGCCUAUCUAUCGGCACUCCCACAAGGCUGACUACAUCAUCUGUAGCCUGUCAACCCCAGACGUCCAUCCCCUGAACCCAUCAGAAGUGCACAACAGCAAACUGCAGUAUGCAGGGUGGGGUCCCAAGGACCAGCAGCUGAUUUUCAUCUUUGAGAACAACAUUUACUAUCGAGCAGCGGUGAAUGACAGAACCAUCCGCUUGGUGUCCACUGGGGAGGAGGGUGUUGUGUUCAACGGUCUGAGCGACUGGCUGUAUGAAGAGGAGGUCUUCCAGACUCACAUUGCCCACUGGUGGUCUCCUGAUGGACACAGGCUGGCGUAUGCCACCAUCAACGACACACUGGUGCCCAAGAUGGAGAUACCCAUGUUCACAGGCAAUCCAUACCCUGUGUCACUGGAAUAUCGCUACCCCAAGGCUGGGGAGGAGAACCCCACCGUCCAGCUGUUCGUGGUCAGUCUGAACGGGCCCCCUCACACUGUGGAGAUGAAGAAGCCGGAGGACCCCCGCAUCGGAGGUGAGUACUACAUCACCAUGGUGAGGUGGGCAACAAGUACCAAGCUAGCAGUCAACUGGCUGAACAGAGCCCAGAACAACUCCAUCCUCACCCUGUGUGAAGCCACCACAGGGAUCUGCACCAAGAAACACGAGGACGAGAGCAUGAGCUGGCUGCAUCGACAGAACGAAGCGCCGCUGUUUUCUGAAGAUGGCCUCAAGUUCUUCUUUACCAGAGCGCAAGGGGGUGGAGGCAACUUUUUCCACAUCACCAUGUCAUCUUCUCAGCCCAACAGCAGCAUAGACACCCUGCAGUCGGUGACGUCGGGGAACUGGGACGUCACUCAGAUUCUGGCCUACAGCAAGGACAGACAGCUCAUAUACUUCCUGCGCACUGAGGAGGAUGAUCCAAGUCGAAGACACCUAUACAGUGCAGACACGUUUGCACCUUUCAACCGCCGCUGCCUGUCCUGUGAUCUGAAGUGUGGCUACGUGAGUGGCUCCUUCAGCCCGGAUACCCAGUACUUCUUGCUCAACUGCAAAGGUCCUGGGGUGCCCUACACGGCGGUGUACAGCGUGAGAGAUGGACAGUUUCAGAGGUUGCUUGACGUGGAGACCAACGAGGCUUUGAACAGCACGGUCAACGAUAUGCAGAUGCCCAAACUGGAAUACAAGAACAUCACAAUAGACGGUCACACCCUUCCUGUGCAGAUCCUGAAGCCAGCUACGUUUAUAGACACCGCACUCUAUCCUUUACUGCUGGUUGUCAGCGACGGCACACCCGGGAGUCAGCAGGUGUCGGAGCAGUUCCAUGUGGACUGGACCUCGGUGCUGGUCAGCAGCUUCAACACCAUCAUCAUGCGCUUCGAUGGGCGAGGCAGCGGCUUCCGCGGCACCGACUUCCUGCACACGGUGCAGCGUCGGCUGGGCGCCCUGGAGAAGAGUGACCAGCUGGAGGCCCUCAGCAUCAUUGCUAAAGAGAGCUACAUUGACAAGAGCCGGAUGGGAGUGUAUGGACAGGUGUACGGAGGGUUCGUGGCCAGCUUGCUGCUGAGCUCCGAGUUGUCAGAGCUGAAGUGUGGAGCGGCUGUCUCACCCAUCACCGACUUCAACUUAUACGCCUCCGCGUUCACCGAGAGGUACCUGGGCCUGAAGAAGACUAACCCACGGGCAUACGAGAUGGCCAAUUUAGAACACAGAACAGAGACGUUUCAGGAUAAGAAGUACCUGCUUGUUCAUCCGACAGCAGACGAGAAGGUCCAUUUCCAGCACACGGCAAAAUUCAUCACCCAGUUAGUGGAGCGGCAGGCUAAUUACACCCUCCAGAUCUAUCCUGACGAGGGCCACUAUCUGCACAGCCCCAGCUUCAAGCAGCAUCUGAGCCAGUCGCUGGUCAACUUCUUUGAGGAGUGUUUCCGGCCGCCAGAAAUCCUGACCGAGGAGGACCUGGAACAGGACAUCGAGGACGACGUCUAAAAGAAGGACCUCCCCUGUCACCCCCCCCACCCCCAUCUCCCCUCCAACAGCACACCCCCAA